AUGCCCAUGUCCAACAUAACGUCACCCUACGACUCCUUACUGCAAGAAGGAGUAGACUCCAACCCCCACGAAACUUCCGAUGACGAUACACCAGAAAUCAUCAUUAACGCCGCCACACAAAUCCGAGGCUAUGGAAACAUCAUCUCCAUUGCGCAAAUGGACAGCGUACGGAUAGCAAACCUGAUAUCCACCGUACUCAGCGGCCAGGAUCCCACAACCGACAGCCCAGCCAACACGAACAAAACAGAACAAGGAGAGGAUACAACAACAGCGCGUCGUCCCCCAACGCCAAUAACGCCAACAAGAAGGGAACACACAUCGACAACGCAAGUCAGAGGCGUGAAGCGCUUCUCCAACAUCAACAUCACGGUCAACUGCGGCGCGACCAUCAUCGGGGACAGGAACAUCGUAGGACCGGGACUAGGCGAUAUCGCGAGGCAGAUGCAAAUUGCGCAGAGGAAUCAGGCGGCGUUGCUGGCUCAGCAACGGGCUGCGGCGGCUGCGGUGGGGUUGGGAGGGCAAGGAGGGCAAGGAGUGAAGUUGCCGUCUCCUCCACAGGAGGCACAUUCAUUGGGACAGCAAAUGCAUGGUGGGGUGACACCACCGCGGGGAGUGACGAUUCCGCUGGGCGUUGCGACACCCCCGAUGAGCCGUAGUUCUAGCCUGAGCAGUGAAGCGGGAGGACGGAAAAGGAAGAGUGAGGAUGGUGCCGAGGGUGUUGCGCAGAAGAGGCGCUGUUGA